AAGCCUCUCUGCUGCAGUCCACAGCACAUCGUUGUGCGUGGGCCACUGAAGCUAAAAGGCGAUGUCAAAAAAGCAACUAGCUUUAAUACUGACAUGCGCACUCGGCUUCUCACCUACCCGUGCGAUUGCAUUCGCGGAUAGUCUGGCUCUCCCGGUCUCGCUACAACAAUGUCUAAACAAUACAGGAGCGACCGUGGAGUACCCCGGAAGCUUGAACUAUGAUGCACUAUCCCGUCCGCAGAAUGCAAACUAUCAGCCGCAUCCAAAGGUUAUCGUGAUACCCACGUCAUCGGAGGAGGUGGCAUCUAGCGUACGCUGUGUGGGUGCUGAGAAAGGGAAUGUCAAGCUCAGUACUCGGGGAGGAGGCCAUAGCUAUGCUGCAUACGGUUUCUCGGGUGAGGUUGUCAUCGAUUCCAGUCAGAUGCUGGAGACAAGUUUCGACGACGACAAAAUGGAAGUUACUGUGCAAUUUGGUCAAACCUUGGGUCCGUUGGCAGUUGCAAUGGGUCAGAAAGGAUAUGCCCUGCCACACGGGACCUGUCCCGGAGUUGGAAUUGCAGGGCAUUCCUUAGGUGGUGGUUAUGGGUUCACGUCGCGGAAAUGGGGUUGGCUUGUUGACCGUAUUGUGUCGCUAGAAUUCGUCGAUAUUAAAGGGAAUAUCAAGUUACUAAACUCUAGCUCGGUAGGGAUGGAUGCGGAGCUAUGGUGGGCAUUAAGAGGAGCUGGGGCUAACAAUUUCGGCAUCGUAACAUCUUUUACGUAUGUGUUGGAAACAGCCCCUACUGCAGUUGUGAACUAUGGAAUCAGUUUCUCGUCCAAGUCUGACUGUGCCCAAGUGCUACUGGCAGUCCAGGAGCUUGGUUCUAUCCCUGCCAAUAAUUUUGAUGGUCUUCCGGUCGAGCUGGGAGGCGAGGUCGUUAUAUCUGACGCUGAUGCCGGGAAUAUUUGCUCUUUUACUGGGCAGUAUUUGGGAGAACGCGCCGAAUUUCUACCGGCACUCGAUAAAUUGUUGAGCAAACUUGCAGACCGCGGAGUAAAGCCCGUCAACUCUACGUCCUACAUCAGAGAAUUCAAUGACUGGAUCCCCGCUCUCACCGAUCUGAUGGGCUCGUUGGAUGCGCCCAGUAUACCUCAGCCAUAUUACGCUCAGUCCCUGGUGGACGACGGCGCCCCUAGCUAUACAAUUUCUCAUGCAGAGCUCAUCAUAGGCGCUAUUCAGGACGCAAAGGUCGUCAAAGAUACACAAAGCCAUGUAUCUUUUGAUUUGAAUGGACCAGGCUCAAGAACGAGCCUUCGACCAACAUCUGGUGAUACAUCCUUUAUCCAUCGAGAUAGUUUGUUCCUUGUCCAAAUCUUCUCAAAUAAGUUCCCUGGCUUCAACAAUACAGAUGCCCAUGAAGAAGGACUGAAGAAAGUUACCAACAUUGCAGACGCUAUCAAACAAGCUAAACCAAAUGGCCAGUGGCACGCAUACCAAAAUUAUAUUGACCCCUAUCUCGCUGAUUUUGGACAGGCAUACUAUGGUGAGAAUCUAGAACGUUUGAAGUCGCUCAAGGCUGUCGCAGAUCCGGAUAUGGUGUUCGAUUUCCCGCAGGGGCUAGGGCAUGCAUGA